AUGGUUAGAAAGAAAGUGAAGUUGGCUUUCAUUGAAAAUAACACUGAGAGGAGAGUCUCAUAUAGAAACCGUCAAAAAAAAUUCUUAACCAAGGCUCGUGAACUCAACAGUACCCUUUGCGAUGUUGAAUUGGCUACCUUCAUCAAUAGCCCUUACCACAAAAAACCAGAGGUGUUUUCAAAUCAUGAAGCUACUACCAGCACCUUUACAAAGUUUGAGGAUCUUCCAGAGAUGGAUAAAUCAAAAAACAUAACAACACAAGAAAAACAAAUCAUGAAAAGGAUCAACAAAAUUGAGAAUGAACUUGAGAAGGUAAGGAAGGAAAACAAGAAAAUGGAGUUUACAAACCAGAUGUAUGGAUUGUUGAAUGGUGAAGAGAUGCCCAACAGUAUGCACCUAGAAGAUCUCAGCGAUCUCAAUUAUGUGAUCAUUAAAAGCCUCAAACAGAUAAAUGACGCAAUCAAAGCAAAAACUCAUGAAGAGGGUUCUACAUUGAAUGCUCCUCAAACUAUUGUUGCACCUAUGGAUUCUGGUGUGACCAGCUUUGACAUGUCAUGGGAUCCUCUUUUGGCCCCAGUUGAUGCUCCAGUACUAUCCGAGAUUCCUCUUUUGGUUACAUUUACUGUACCUAGUGGGACCAACUUCGAGAGGCCAAGGGCUCCUCUUAAUUUGGUUCCUGUGAGUCGACUGUCCCACACAGGAAGUCGACUAAAGAAUUUUAGUCCCCCGCCCCCCCGCCGCUUAACUUUCAAAGAGGAAGUUCAAACUAUGGAAGCUGAUAAGUGGGCAAGUUUUUCAAAAGGAACUAGUGAUUCUGAAGGCUACGGAGAGGAUCCUGAUGAUGAUAACCAUUGUUGUGCAUAUGCAUCCACUGAUAUACCCAAGUUGCAAUUCAGGAAAGAUAUCUCAAGAUCACGAUGGCUUGAUCCAUUAGGAAUGGAUGAGGUUGUGGAGAGGAAGGGUGGAUUGUGGACAACUACUGGGAUAGUUCGUAAUGGCAAGAUAUAUUGCUUCAUCGAAGAGAUUUUGUAG